AUGAAAUUCAAGGGUUUCAUUUUGCUAGGGCUUCUGUCUGCAGUAAUUUUUAUCUCUUCAAUUGUUGCAGCUGCCGAGACAUCCAAACAUGAUAAUACAGGUAACUCAGGCUUAGCCCCAAAAGAAACGAAGUCGAACCAAGUAGAGGAUUCAAAGCCGAUUGAAAUUGGCCGAUGCGGGUGUUGCUGUCGUCAUAAUUUGUGGGGAUGCGGUUUGCACUGUUGUGAUGGUAGAGGACGUGGCACUGGCUGUAAUAACGCAGUCGGCACUAAAGCUGUUGGCGGCGGUAUUCCGGUUGUUGGCGGCGGCAUUCCGGUUGUUGGAGGAGGCAUUCCGGGCGUUGGUGGAGGCAUACCGGGAGUUGGUGGAGGCAUACCGGGUGUUGGAGGAGUUCCCGGUGUUGGUGCAGGUAUUCCAGUUGUUGGCGGCGGCGCUCCAGGUGUCGGACACGAUGCCCCAAGGGUUGAUAAAGGAGGCAUUCCCGGCAUGCGUGGCCGUAGAGGAACUGGAGGUGGCGGCCGAGUCGGUGGUGGAGGCAACUGA